UCAUACAGACCUCAGUAGUGUGUCUGGUCCCAAGCCCCUCAAGCCUCAGCAAUCCCUCCCAGGGACCCCUGUUUCUCUCUCACACUAUCCCGUGGACCUGCGAACAUCAAUGGAGGAAAAGUACAAAGAGAUUGCAGAGGAGCUGUUCACACGCAGCAUGACGGAGAGCGAGAUGCGGACUGCCCCCUAUGAGUUUCCUGAGGACAGCCCCAUCGAACAGCUGGAGGAGCGACGGCAUCGCCUUGAGAGGCAAAUCAGUCAGGACAUUAAGCUUGAGCCAGAGAUCUUGCUCCGUGCCAAACAGGACUUCAUGAAAAUCGACAGUGCUGCAGACCUAGAAUUAAUGAAGGAAAAGAGCGACGACACUGUUUACAUGGGCUUCAUGGAAAGGCAAAUGCCACUGGAAAGGGAGUACCAGAGGGUCUCAAUAUCUGGAGAGGAAAAGUGCGGGGUUCCGUUCACUGACCUGGUUGAUGCUGCUAAGUGUGUGGUGAAGGCAUUAUUCAUCCGGGAGAAAUACAUCAACCGUUCCAUGCAGUCAUUUUGUAAGACCACAGCUCAUUCGUUGCAGGAUCUCGGGACAAGUACUCUAAAUCUGGGAGUCUAUGAAGAUAUACCAGAGACCCCUGUGCAUGCUGAUGCCCCUGUUCACCCACCUGUCUCACUGACACACCCGUAUGAUCAGGACCCAAACAGUAUGCCAGCAGAUACAGGAUAUGGCUGCAAGAUGGUCGGUGGUGUAGUCCAUGUCUACACCAAGAAAACCAACAUGGACAAAAGCGCAGAACUUGACCUGCCGUAUCCUGACCUGAAGGAGUAUAUUGAAGACAUGAAUGUGAUGAUGUCGCUUAUUAUCAACGGACCAGUGAAGUCCUUCUGCUACCGCCGCCUGCAGUACCUGAGCUCUAAAUUUCAAAUGCACAUCCUCCUGAAUGAGAUGAAGGAGCUGGCAGCUCAAAAGAGGGUUCCUCAUAGAGACUUCUACAACAUAAGAAAGGUGGACACGCAUAUACAUGCAUCGUCCUGCAUGAACCAGAAGCACCUGCUGCGUUUCAUCAAGAGAGCCAUGAAGAAGUACCCCGAGGAGAUUGUUCACGUGGAGCGUGGGCGUGGCCAGACCCUCAAAGACGUUUUUGAGAGCAUGAACCUGACAGCCUACGAACUGAGUGUAGACACGCUCGACAUGCACGCGGACCGAAACACGUUUCAUCGAUUUGACAAGUUCAACGCCAAAUACAACCCCAUCGGAGAAUCCAUCCUCAGAGAGAUCUUCAUCAAGACGGACAACUACAUCGAAGGGAAAUACUUUGCCCACAUUAUCAAGGAGGUGAUGUUUGACUUGGAGGAGAGCAAAUACCAGAACUCUGAGCUACGUCUGUCCAUCUAUGGCCGAUCCCGGGAUGAAUGGGACAGCCUGGCUCAGUGGGCCGUCAGACACAGAGUGUACUCUGACAAUGUCCGCUGGCUCAUCCAGGUGCCCCGUUUAUUUGAUGUGUACCAUACAAAGAAGCAGCUGGCUAACUUCCAGGAGAUGUUGGAGAAUAUCUUCAUGCCUCUGUUUGAGGCCACCAUCAACCCCCGCAGCCACCCUGAACUGCACCUCUUCCUGGACCACGUGGUGGGCUUUGACAGCGUGGACGACGAGUCCAAGCCCGAGCACCAUAUUUUCAACCUUGACAGUCCACUGCCAGCUGACUGGACAGAGGAGGACAACCCACCCUACUCCUACUACCUCUACUACACCUAUGCCAACAUGACUGUACUCAACCACCUUCGAAGGCGGCGAGGCCUCCAUACUUUUGUGCUUCGACCUCACUGUGGUGAAGCGGGACCAAUCCACCACCUGGUGUCAGGAUUCAUGUUGUCUGAGAACAUCUCUCAUGGGCUGCUGCUCAGAAAGGCUCCGGUGCUUCAGUAUCUGUACUACCUGGCUCAAGUCGGCAUCGCCAUGUCACCGUUGAGCAACAACAGCCUGUUUCUCAGCUACCACCGCAACCCUCUGCCUGAGUAUCUGUCCAGAGGCCUCAUAAUCUCCCUGUCCACUGAUGAUCCUCUUCAAUUCCACUUCACCAAAGAGCCCCUCAUGGAAGAGUACAGCAUUGCAGCUCAAGUGUGGAAGCUGAGCUCCUGCGACAUGUGUGAGCUGGCAAGAAACAGCGUCCUAAUGAGUGGAUUUUCCCACAAGGCUAAAAGCUACUGGCUGGGCCCCAGCUAUUUUAAGGAGGGCCCCGAAAGCAACGACAUCCGCCGCACCAACGUCCCCGACAUCCGCGUGGCCUACCGCAGCGAGACGCUCACCGAGGAGCUGCAGCUCAUCACUCAAGCUGUGCGCACCACAGAGGGGCUGGACGGUGCCGAUGUGGAGGACCCUCUGACCAUGGGUCCUCUCUCCGGGAGGCGCUGA